AUGAGAUCUACACUCCAGGAAGUCAAGCAAGCGCUCUUCAACCGGGACUUUGACAAGGCGUUCGGCAGCGAGGAGUACCUCGAGGUCUACGCGGCGCGAUGGAGCCCGACUCGUGCCCUUUGCUAUGCAGCUGUGCUGGCCGGUAUCAGGGGUCAUCUCGAAGGUAUCUGCACGAAGGUUGAGGAUGGACGUCUCCGUCGCUUCAAGUCUCUGCUCAUAGGUGGAGGCGCAGCUGAGGUUGUAGCCGUUGGCGAUUGUCUGAGCCAGACCCCUGACAUGCAAGCCGACAUCACCCUCUUAGAUUCGGCCCCUUGGGAGGGAGUGAUCAAGAAGCUGCACGCCGGGCUGACAACAGCUCCUCCCCUGUCAAAAUACGCCAGCGAGGCUACGAGGGCAGCAAAUGCUGCUUUGGUCCCCUCGGCGAAUCUGACCUCAAUAUUUACACAACAAGACAUACUGGCGGUUUCAAAAGACAAGAUAUCAGAGCUUGUGGGGUCAGGUCCAUUGCUUAUUACAUUGCUUUUCACACUAAACGAGCUCUUCACGUCAGGGGGUAUUGGAAAGACGAGCACCUUCCUCCUGAAUCUCACCGCUGCCGCCCCUCCUGACUCCUUACUGCUGGUCGUCGACAGCCCGGGCAGCUAUUCCGAGGCUGCUGUCGGCAAGGAGUCGAAACGCUACCCUAUGCAGUGGCUCCUCGACAAGGUCCUUCUUGGCACAGAAGCAUGGACGAAGGUUGAGUCCCACGACUCUCUGUGGUUUCGCCUGUCCCAGAGCCUAUCCUAUCCCAUUCCUCUAGAAGACAUGCGCUACCAGAUGCACCUAUACCGCGUCACCAAGCCCUCAGACUGA